GGAACGCUUUGAAGCAGGAAAGAAAAGGUUCAAAGAGAAAGGUAGUGGCGGCUUUCCUUCAAAAGCUCCUCCAUCUUCCAGUAGUUCUAGGUCCGCGUCCCCACACUCCACGGGAAUACCUCAUGGUUCAUUCAUUCCUCAGCCAAGAAGUGGCGUAGUGACGCGUGACAAGGGAAGUCUUGAGCGUAACCAUUCCAGACCUUCUUCUUCAUCAUCUACUUCAUCUGUAUCACAUCUUCCGGUUAAGUCAAUUUCUGGUGUUGCAUUGCGAAAUUCACCAGGAGUCACUGGUAUCGAUAGUGGUAAAAGCGCCGCCAAUAAUAACAGUUCCGGGUUGGAUAAAUUCAAACCGAUAAACUACAAAGAAAAACAAGUGGAGAAAAGUGGCGUCUUCUCUAAACGUACUAGUAGUAGCAGUGGUUUUAGCUCUGCACGCAGCGAACGUAGUGACUCUUCAACCAGUCUUUGUAGUGACCCUAGAAUCAGCUCUUCCACAGACGGCUCAGAUUUACUUUCUGCAGCGUCAGGACCCUUCCCUGCACCUUGCAUGCCCUCUAUGUCGACGCAAGGAACUGCUAGUAGGUCUGACGCUGCAGUCAAAAAUUUAACCAAGCGGACACCUGGUGGCAGAAACUCGAGUGGCGUUAGACAAACUAUAUCGAAACCUACUUCGACUGGAAGGAAAGAUGUAGAGACAUCUCGAAUAAUCCAAGCAAAAAAUGCGAACGGAUCCAGAAUUGUCAACUCCAGUAGUUUACCCCGUCGAGGCGACAGCUCAGGAACCGGUUCGCUUCCAAGACUGAAAAACAACGAAGGAGAAUGUGGUAGAUCUAAAGUCGGUAAUCGAACAGAAGCACCAAGUCAAAAUCAAAGGCCUAGUGACGAACAAGGUCAGCUUUGUAAAAGCAUCCAGCCAGAUAAUCCAAUUCGUCAGUCCAAGAUCUCCAGUCUUAUCCCAAAAACUGAACGCGCUAUCAAGACAGCCAGUUCUGGAAGUGUGGGAAGCUUCACGGAUACUGGUUCAGUGUGUAGCGAUGGCAUGAUGGCAGAUUCUUCUGUUACUGAUCGUGGCAACGCUCAAGUGAGUGCGCAAGAAACUGGAAACAGUGGCAUUCCAAAACCAACAGCAGCGGUAAAAGGAACAUCAAAACCACCAAAAGAAGAAACUCGUCACAAUAAUGCUGCGACUUCUAACGUAACCCAAUCGGUUCCCAGCAGUUCAGGCGGCUAUUUGUCAGUACCCAGACCAAUUAUGCCCCAGGAAAGCCACACACCAGUGAAGUUGUCUAGAGACGAGAUUUACGUCCCAAUUGAAAUCAACCGACAAGUCCUGGAAAAUAGACAACUCGGUAGUUCAAGACAACAUGAAGAUAAUGGCAGCACCUCAUCAUUGCCAAAAUCUGAUCGUUCCAUAACUGAAAGAACCAGGGAAGGUUCCCAGGGAACCAUUAGUGUUGCCAAAGUUUCCCCCAUUAUGAAUACCAACAUUUCCAAUGCUACCAAAGAAAAAUUACCACGUCAGCAAGAUAAUGUAGAAGAAAGAAGACCUGAAAACUCUAAUGUACCCCUUCAAGCUAGUCAGACGAGACGAGGAAGUGAAGAUUCACAAAGAGAAUCCGAUCCAAUAUCAGAUAAUUGUUCAAGAAAUUCAAAAUCCAAAGAUUCAAAAUCGGUAAAGUCGGAGGUUAUUCCAAACGCAGAAAUGGUGACCGAAAUCAAAAGUAGACGUUCUGCAGUCAAAGAUGUUCCUAAAGACACGGACGGCCCUAGCUGUGACACCGAAGCUUCAUUUGGUGAAGAGGCUGACGAUGUCAUAGUCAAUAUCAAACCCAUGCAGCCCAUCACACGUGCCUCCACAUAUGGCUAUAUUCGCAGUCUGGGACCUUUCCCUUCCACUCGUAAUUUUGCUAACAAACUACAGUCUCCCGGUUUACGUCUUUUGACGGAUUUUAGUGGAACUGGUGGAGGACGACUAGGACUUUCGAGACAAAUUCUUACAGCGGGUGAUUCGUCCAGAAUAUAUGGCAUUCCUAUGAAACGAACAUUUUCCACAAGCAAAGGCGUUUUAGAUGUUGACUAUUCUUCCGAUGUUGAUUCUGUUGACCUAGCGGCAGGAUACAUGAGUGACGGAGAUGUUCUUAGGCCUGGACUCGUUUACAGAGUGGAUGACAUUGCUAGUGGAUACAUGAGUGAAGGUGGAGCUUCCUUAUAUGGCCGAAAAGUCUCAAGUAAGACGAAAGACAGCAUAUUGUCAGGUCGAGGUGCUGCUCCUAGAACCAUCAAUGUCCUUCAAGAUGAUAGGAGUAUUAAACCUUGUCCUCUACGUCCGCAGUACAAGUCUAGCCUCGAUGACAGUAGCUCAAUAAGCAGUGGAAUUAGUGACACUAUUGCUGAAUUCAGCACAGACGACAAUAUGACGGGGUCCUCGGUUAGCUCCGAGACAAACCUGUACUGCAGCGUGAAGAAGACACAGCGUGACGAGCUCCCGUCUUCAUGUGCCCUGCCAUCUAGUGUUUCUAAAGAAAAGUCGAAUAGUAAUCGGAAAGGAAUGGGAGCUAACUCUAAAGGAUCUUCAUCGGGGAAAUCAAGUAAUGUCAAGAAAACGGACAGCUCAAUGCAAACGGAAUCCAGUGCUUUUCAGCAGAUGUCAUCAGCCGCUUGGAAAAAGUACUUGCAGCAACAUCAACAGGAGCAGUCUUCUCAAAAUGAAGAAGUCAGAUCGGGUCAUAACAGAACUCGGAACGUGGAGUUGGAAUCUGGUAAAAUUAGGGACAAGAAGUCCAGUUCUUCGGGGUCGUCCAACAAGAAGAAUAGCGUCUGUAACGGAUCUGUUGAAAGGUAUAAUGGUGGUGAUGGACAUAAAUCCAGGCAGAAGGUUCUGAUCGCUAGAUCUGAAGAAAGUAAACAGCGAAACUUGUUAGACAACGAAUACCCUGGUGAAAAGCUGUACCGAAAUGGUAGAAGCUCUAGUCCCAAACCUUCCAAAACCGCUCCUGACAUGCCAUCUCAAGGUUCUCGGGACAUGCGGAAGGUGCAGGGAUCCCGGCCGUUGGCAGUUUCAGGACCUUCCAUGGGCCAUAGCAUCAUUAAAAGACCGACCAGCACGUCCAGUGUUUCAUCCAGUGGCAGUGUAAAAAGUAGUGGUUCCAGAGGAUAUGGAAAAGGGAGCAAUACCCUUGAUAAAAUGAUGGAAGUAACUAAUAGCAACGAGUGCGACAGUGUAGGUAUAAAUCGUGCCCUAUUUCAGACGUCAAACAUUCCAAGUAAUGGAGCUCCUUCCUACCAGACAGAGUGCAUGCCAAAUAAUGCUGGAAAAGGAUCUGAACGGAAGACGAAAGUUAAAGUGUCCGCUAACACUCAAACCAAUGCGCAAGACCUAUACAUGAUUGGUUCUUCAGCACACUCUGACGGCGAGUAUAAUUCACUUGGACGCAGAUCCUCCGCCAAGAAUUAUGCCCUUAUGUCUCCAACCUUAAGUCUACGUGAACGUGUGUACGGCAGUAAUCGACCCGUGUUAAGUGGUGCUUCGACACCCAGUUCUGAUUACGUCAUGCUCCCUGGACUCCAUCUUUCUUCAAAAGAACGUUCUCAACAUCUCCCAAGAUUUUCUUCUCCACUAAAACAUGGCGAUGGAGAUACUGGAAAUUAUGUCACUUUGGAUCAUCCGGCAGUGCUUUCUUCCCUGCAGUCAUCAUCACCUAGUCCUUACGCUUGGCUCCGUUACAGUGGGGGCUCCACUGCUGGGUCGGUUUGUUCUGCACCAGUUACACGAGGAUUUAAUAACGGAAGCCUUACUGAAGCUGAUAGCAUGGAAUCACUGUCGUCCUUAUCGUCCGGCGUCCAUGGUCAGGGGGCGUCCCGAUACAUGUUCCCACUCUCUCCGGUCAAUCCGCUCACCCCAUCGCUGUGUGGUUCUUCAUCACAUUCAAAUAUUCGAGGAGCCGCUAUGCCUUACAUGGGAGGUCUGCUAUCGAAACUUUCCAAUAAGGAUGACGAAAUGCAUGGGUCGUCUCUUUCGCUUGUUUCAACGGCAUCGUCAUUGUAUUUAACGACUGACGAGAAACACGCCCACGAGAUCAGAAAGUUGAGAAGAGAGUUGGAGCAAGCUAACGAAAAGGUCGCAACUUUAACUUCUCAACUGACAACCAAUGCUCACAUGGUUGCAGCAUUUGAGCAAAGUCUUUCCAACAUGACUGGCCGACUUCAACACCUUACUGCAUCGGCUGAACAAAAGGACUCUGAGCUUGGAGAACUGCGAAACACUAUUGAGGCUCUAAAAAAACAAAGUGCAGAAGCUGGUCUUACCAAGAUGGCGCUACAAUCAAUGCAAGCAGUUCAAAGAACUAUGCAAGGUAAAAUGUCAAGGCAAUUAUCUACUGAUUCUGUAUCAAGCGUAAAUUCCCAGUCAAGUGCUUGCAGCGGAACAAGUGGAAGUUCUAUGAGAUCUGAUAUUACUGGCAGUAAAGGAAAGAAGAAGAAGAAAGGCUGGCUGCGCAGUUCGUUCAGUAAGGCUUUUUCUCGAAGUAAAAAGAACAAAAACGGUUCCGUAUCGGACGUUGAGGACUUGAAACAUAUCCAGUCGGAUUCUUCUACGCCAAAUUCUCCUCUGCUAGGUCCUCAUCCAAUGAAUGGUGGUAUUGCAGGCCAAUCAUUGAAGUCUUCUCAUUCAUCGUCAGCCCUUUAUGAAAAAGAAGAAAGAACUCCAGAGAUUGUCAAAGAUUUAAAAAAGCAGCUGCGGGAGAAAGACAUGAUUCUGACGGAUAUUCGUCUCGAAGCUUUAACCUCAGCUCAUCAGCUCGAAAGUUUAAAAGAUACUGUGAAUAAAAUGAAAAAUGAAAUGAUGAACCUAAAACAAGAUAAUGAACAACUACAGCGACUUAUGGUCAAUAAAUCUUUAAACUCAUCUCAGAGCUCAAUACCAUUCAGGAAUAGUGUGGAGAGUCUAGAAAAAAGACUAAGUGCCUCAGAACAGUCAGUAGCCCCUAGUGUUGACUUGUAUCUUAAUGAUGCAGCAACAGAUCGAGAAGGGAAACGAGUCACCAUCUCAACAUAUCUGUGUUGCCAUGGAGAUUAUGGAAAAGUUGCAUUACAAGCUGAGCCCCAACAAGAAGUCUUUAUAGGGUCAGUUUCUGUAAGUGGAAAAACUAAGUGGGACUUGCUGGACAACAUAGUUAAAAGAGCAUUCAAGGAAUAUGUCCUGAGGUUAGAUCCUAUUUCCAACUUAGGUUUAAAUGCUGAGAGUGUUUUAAGCUACCAUAUUGGUGACAUUGUUCGUUCAAAAGAUGCAGAAGUUCCAGAUUUGUUACCUUGCGGGUACUUGAUAGGAGAUAACAUGCAAAUACAUAUUACUUUAAAAGGUGCAAAACAAAGUUCUGUAGAUGCCUUAGCUUUUGAAACACUCAUCCCCAAGUCAAUAAUUCAACGGUAUGUCUCAUUGCUAUCGGAACAUAGAAGAAUUAUCUUAUGUGGCCCUAGUGGAACAGGCAAGACUUACCUUGCUCAGAAACUAGCUGAAUUUCUUGUCUUUAGGAGUGGUAAAGAGUUGAGUCCUGGUGCUGUAGCAACUUUUAGCGUGGAUCACAAGUCGGCCAAAGAACUUCGACAGUACUUGUCCAAUGUUGCAGAACAAUGUGAGAGCAGUAAUGGUUCAGACCUUCCAACUGUGAUAAUUCUUGACAACCUACACCAUGUUGGUUCACUGGGUGAAGUUUUCAAUGGAUUUCUUAGUGCCAAGUAUCAGAACUGCCCAUAUAUUAUUGGAACAAUGAACCAAGCUACCUGCUCAACCACCAAUCUUCAACUGCACCACAACUUCAGGUGGGUCCUGUGUGCAAACCACAUGGAACCAGUAAAAGGAUUUUUGGGAAGAUUCCUCCAUAGGAAACUAGUAGAAAUAGAAGUGAGGAGUGGAACACGUAAUCCAGAUCUCAUCAAAAUCAUUGAUUGGAUGCCUAAAGUGUGGACUCAUCUCAAUAAGUUUCUGGAAACUCAUAGUUCUUCUGAUGUUACCAUUGGUCCAAGAUUAUUUCUGUCAUGCCCAAUAGAUGUCUCUAGCUCCCAGGUUUGGUUUACAGACUUGUGGAAUUACAGCAUUGUUCCAUACCUGAUGGAAGCUGUGAGAGAAGGAUUGCAGCUUUAUGGUCGUAGAUCUCCAUGGGAAGAUCCAACUGAAUGGGUCCAAGAGUCAUAUCCAUGGCUUUCAAUAGGUGAACCAGACUGGCCUCAGUUACUCAGGCUUCGCCCUGAAGAUGUUGGUUAUGAGGGUUAUCCUAUUCCUAGUGUAGGAGCCAAAAAAACGCCUACAUCACACAGUGAGGUGGAAGCAGACCCUCUGCUGAACAUGCUGAUGAGACUUCAGGAAGCGGCAAGCUACUCCAGUCCUCAUAACAAUGACACUGAAGGAACAGACGUAGACAGUAGUAGACUUCGGACUGAAGACCUGCUAAACACAGGACUGGAGUCCACAUUGUGAUAUCAAGAAAGUAACAAUGACCAUCUCAUGGUUAAUGUGCUGUCUCCAUUGGUCAGUCUUAUUCCUCUGUAUGUCUAGUAAUUUGUAGUUGAAUUUUUAGUCUGUACAACCAGUUUUGUCAAAGUAGAAAAACUGUAAAAACAGAUUGUUGAAUGUGAAACAUAAUGAAAGGCAAAAUGAACUUUUAGAAAAAAUAUCUAUAAUAUCCAGUCACCAUUAUUAAUUUUUUUGUAACUUAAUAUUUAUUUUUCUGUAAAAGUAUUUAAAAGCUCUUUUUGACAUGCUUAGAAUACAAGCAGUCCAAUACAUUUUAAUUUUUCUCUGGCACUCGACCCAAUUUUUGAAGUAAAACAUCUCAAUAAUUGAACUUGCCUGAUCAAAGGACAAGACAUUAUGUUUGAAAGAUGCAGAUAAAGUGAAGAAGUCUCUGUGUAUCAUUAAGAGUUUGAACAACAGUCUCUUCCAACAAAAAUGUAAUGUAGUAGUAUUUAGUAACUGUUAUAGAAGUUGGUUUGAAUUUUCAUUAAUGUGAACAUUUACAUGAAUUGUUACAAUUUUUUAGCACCCCUAUUUGAAUGAUGUGAAUAAUUUUAUAUGGGAAAAGUUUUUACUGACAUUUGCUGAUUUUUUUACAAUUUUACUUGAAUUUUGGAACAUUUAUUGGGAAAUACAAAAUGGUGCUCUAAUAAGAAAGAAAUACAAACCAUCUUAAUAGUAAAUAUGUAAAGAUCAUUACUGUGCGAGUGUUAUAGCAAAAAAAAAAAAAAACGUAUUGCCUAUUUGCCUUUUUUUUUCUUUUGAGGAAAAAGAGAUGUCAUAAACACACCCAAGAUGAUAAACAUACCAUUUUUUAAGUAAAGGAAUGUUACCAAUUGUUCUUUGGUUAUCUCUUUCAAAAUCUUGACUAUAACUAAAUAAAGUUAGAUGAAAAUGUAUGUAAAAAGUUUUGUUAAACUGAAGAAUUUUAUAAAAGUGGAUGGUAAUCUGAAAAUAGUGAUUUUUUUGUGUAUAAUACUUUAAUAAAAGCUAUAACAAAAUAUAAUUGUAUGAAUGUUGAUCAGUUAGUUUAGUGUGUUUUGUGAAAUUCACAAAUUUUGUUGAUAAACAUUUUUAUUAACAGAGAUAUAAUUCAAAUGGAAUGAACAAUUAUAUCCAAAUAUCUUUAUUUUACAUAUAAUAAAUUUGUUAAAAUUAUUUACAUUUUAUCACUAAACAUAUUAGUUUUAUGUAUGGUUUGUAAGUAGGUUAAAUUCUCAUGUAUACAGGUAAUGAGUGAAAGAAGAAGAUUUGGGCUUUUCUCGCUGAGAAUUUUAUAUUAAAACUAAUAUCUGAGGAAUUUGUGAAAAAUGAAUACAUAGAAAAAAUAAAUUAUAAACUGUUACUCAUGACAGUUCAAACUGCAUAUAAAAAUAAAUAAAAUUU